AUGCACAGCAAGUCCAAUCCUGUUGAUGCCCUUCAUCCCAACCCAAGUGGCAAAAGUCUAGCCGGAAUGUCGCGCGACUUCCACAUUUACCAAUUAUAUCCAUCUAACAAGCCAGGAGAUAUUAGCAGGAGGUUCCAUGCCUUCCUCGAGGUCAAACUUACGGUCGCGAAUCUGGCUUUAGUCGGCCAAAGUUGCUCACGAGUUGGCGAGCAUGACAUCCUCAUGAACCUUUACCGCUGGUCGGACAAGAUGCUUGCAGAGUUGAUUGCCGACUGCUACUUUGGUGCAUCGCUACGUACCAUUGCUCCUGAUUCCGUGAAAGUCUGCCUUGAGUUCUGGGAGCAUUCGUGGCGCGCUCUGUUUCUUGUCCCGGAAGUCCUAGGGAAAAAGAUGUUCCAGCCCUUAAAACAGCUUGUUGAUGCGGUGGAGAAAUGGUUCGAUCUCCCCGUAGAGUCCCACAAGGAUACUGUAUGGUACACCACCGCCGUCGAGGCUGAGAUGCAGCACGUUGGCAUCUCCAAUCGCGACAUGGCUAUUAUGCUGCUGACCAUCUAUUGGGGUGCUAACACGAAUACUUCCAGUGGUGUGUUUUGGACUCUCUCCCAUGUUCUAUUUGACGCAAAGCUUCGCGACAACAUCCUCACGGAGAUUGCGCUAGCUUUUGCAAAUGACAAUUUGGAUUUCGAGUACAUCUAUGAGCGCUCACCUAUUCUCCGCGCAACUUGGAAUGAGGUCUUGCGCACUGCGUCGUACUCUUCGUCUGUGCGCCUUGUCAUGGAGGAUACGGUUAUCGGUGGAAAGACGCUGAAGAAAGGGAACCGUAUCAUGAUGCCGUAUCGCCAGAUGCCCUUUGAUGAAAGUACAUUUGGCACGGAUGCUAAUGAGUUCAACGUAGAGCGAUUCCUGAAGAACCCGGCUUUGAAGAGAAACAUUGUGGCGUUCGGAGGAGGAGCAACACAAUGUCCAGGUCGGCAUUUCUCAGCGCAGGCAGCGAUGGUCCUCGUGGCGGAAAUGUUAUACCGAUUCGAGAUGCGCCUAGAGGAUCAGAGUCAGCCCUUUCCACAGAUUGAUGAGACGAGGCCGGUGCUUGGGAUGAUUGAUAUCAAGAAAGACACAGACUUACGAGUUCUCUUAACUCCAAGAAAUUUGUAA